UGCUGCCAGCCUAGCGCCGUGGUGCCGGCUAGAGACAGCGAACGGGUGAACACAUUUGGAUGCAUGCGUGGGACAUUCCCUCUCCACCGAGAAAAUAAAACUCAGGAGACAAUCGCAGCCUCAAACCAGACCGCAGGGACAAAAGCACAUGGCAGACUACCUGAUCAGCGGAGGUACAGGUUAUGUGCCAGAAGAUGGUUUGACAGCCCAGCAACUUUUUGCAAUUGGAGAUGGUCUUACAUAUAAUGACUUUCUCAUCCUUCCUGGUUUUAUUGACUUCACUUCUGACGAGGUGGAUUUGACGUCUGCCCUGACCAGAAAGAUCAGUCUGAAGACCCCACUGAUCUCCUCGCCAAUGGACACGGUCACAGAGUCCUCCAUGGCUAUUGCGAUGGCACUCAUGGGGGGAAUUGGCAUCAUCCAUCAUAACUGCACUCCAGAGUUUCAGGCCAAUGAGGUUCGGAGAGUGAAGAAAUUCGAGCAAGGCUUCAUCACAGACCCUGUGGUGAUGAGCCCCAGGCACACAGUCGGCGACGUGUCCGAGGCGAAGAUCCGACACGGCUUCUCCGGGAUCCCCGUCACGGAGACGGGCAAGAUGGGCAGCAAGCUGAUGGGCAUCGUCACAUCACGAGACAUCGACUUCCUGUCCGAGAAAGACCACGACAGGCCACUGGAGGAGGUUAUGACGAAGAGGGAAGAUUUGGUUGUUGCACCUGCUGGUGUGACACUAAAAGAGGCCAAUGACAUUCUCCAGCGCAGUAAGAAAGGGAAGCUGCCAAUAGUGAACGACAAUGACGAGCUGGUGGCCAUCAUCGCGCGCACAGACCUGAAGAAGAAUCGCGACUACCCUCUGGCCUCUAAAGACUCCCGCAAACAGCUGCUGUGUGGUGCGGCCAUAGGAACCCGCGAGGACGACAAGUACAGGCUGGACCUGCUCAUCCAGGCCGGGGUGGACGUGGUCGUGUUGGUGAGGACUACGGAUUCAUCCCAAGGGAACUCAGUGUUCCAGAUCAGCAUGAUCAACUACAUCAAGCAGAAGUACCCUGAGCUGCAGGUGGUGGGAGGAAACGUGGUGACCGCAGCGCAGGCCAAGAACCUGAUCGAUGCGGGAGUGGACGCCCUGAGAGUGGGGAUGGGCUGUGGCUCCAUCUGCAUCACUCAGGAAGUGAUGGCUGUCGGGAGACCACAGGGUACAGCUGUGUACAAAGUGGCAGAAUACGCCCGACGGUUUGGUGUGCCAGUCAUAGCAGACGGUGGCAUUCAGACGGUGGGGCAUGUGGUUAAGGCUCUGGCACUCGGCGCAUCAACAGUGAUGAUGGGCUCGUUGCUGGCGGCAACCACGGAGGCUCCGGGAGAGUACUUCUUCUCGGACGGCGUGCGGCUGAAGAAGUACCGGGGGAUGGGCUCUCUGGACGCCAUGGAGAAGAACAGCAGCAGCCAGAAGCGCUACUUCAGCGAGGGAGAUAAAGUGAAGGUGGCUCAAGGUGUUUCGGGGUCAGUGCAAGACAAAGGCUCCAUCCAUAAGUUUGUGCCCUACCUCAUAGCAGGCAUCCAGCAUGGUUGCCAGGACAUCGGGGCUAAGAGUUUGUCCAUCUUACGCUCCAUGAUGUACUCUGGAGAGCUGAAGUUUGAGAAGAGGACAAUGUCUGCGCAGGUGGAAGGCGGCGUGCAUGGUCUUCACUCAUAUGAGAAGCGGCUUUACUGAGGGAGGCAGUCGAGGCCAGAGCCGGGUGGCUCCCAACGUCCCCACGCCAGCGUCACUCAAACACAACGGCUACCUGUGACCCCACCAACCCCCAGCCCAGCCCAGCCCAGCCCAGCCCAGCCCAGUCCAGCGGCAAUCAUGACCUGAACACUGUACUGUCCUCCCCUCCUCCACAUGCUGAGUAGAAUACUGUAUUCUCUCUCUCUCUCUCUCUCUCUCUCUCUCUCUCUCUCUGUGCUGUCCGUGAGGCCCCAUGUAGAGCGGGAAGGCUACUCAGCUUGCAGACUGGCUGGCCGAGGCAGGGGGCAGAACAUCGGCCUGUGACGUUCACCUUGGCCGUAACUGGACAUGCAGGACACACGCAAACAACUCCGAGACCCAACUCACUGCUCUGAAGUGCGGUGUCAUUUUGUCUUAUCAUAUCCUCUCAGCUGCCAGAACCUCCGAUUUGUUUCUCACUGUAGAUUGUGUGUGUGUGUGUGUGUGUGUGUGUGUGUGUGUGUGAUCAGUUCAGCUGUAGCUCUCUGCACACUUGUAAUGGAAUACCCAGUUCACUAAUACUUGUAGCAGGAGAUUUGUGAAAACACACACACACACACACGCAGAGAGAGAGAGAGGACCUUCAAGGACUACACUGGGCGUUCUACAUACAGUAAGUGUUUUUGGUAGCACUAUGCACAGUGAAGUGUAUUAAGGUUCUUUGUCCUCUGGAACGUCACAGGAACACCUUUAAAGACCUCGAGGAGCAGAAAUCUAUGUAUGCUACCCUUGUGCUGACCAGCAAUAUUUCUGUUACCUAGAUAUCACUGUUACCUAGAUGGAGUUACAGGUAUUAUCAACAAAUACUCUAUGUAAUCAGAUGAAUGUUAAAUGCCCUCUUUACUGUAUGUGAGAGCUGGUUUUCAUGACUGGUUCCAUGUGAGAGCAUGUGAACUAGCUUGUUUAGCUUAUGCGCUAGCCUGCUCACUGUAUGCCCUCCAUGCCUCUCAGUAGAAUGAAUGAAAGGUAUUAUAGGGGGCGCAGUGGCUGAGUGUGAAGCCUGACAUCAGGGAUUCAUUCCGCCUGAUCGCCUUACAAACAGACAUUCUUGUGAGAUUGUACUUUGCACGGUUAGUUCUAAGUCACAUUUUCACGAUGUUGAAACAUAAACAUAAACAUAAACGUGAACACAAAUUCUCUAAGAAGUAAUGCUCUCAAAGAGUUCACAAUUUUUUUGUGUGGAAAUAAAACAUGAGCUGGCUUUCUGUUGUCUGCUGUGUAGUAAACCUCCAACUCUAAUCCUUCUGUGUGCAAUUCAGCACCAGUGUGUGCAAUCUGAAGUAGUGUCAGAUUCAGCACCAACAGCCAGUGAUUCAUGUGAGUUUUCUGUACUCCCGCAGUGUAGUUCUAGCUCCAUAGCUUCAGUGCUGCUGAUUUGAGCUUCUCAGGUUUUCUGCUUUUUUGCAGUUAUUUAGAAAUCAAAUGUUUUUGCAGUCAUAGAGAUACUUAAUGAUUUUCUAUUUUGAGAAUCAUUAGAUCUCUUGUUCGCUUUUAAUCAAAUGUAUCAGCUUGCAGGAAUGAAGUUUGUGUUGGUUAUAUUCAACUCAAUGGUAAUUCUGUUACUAUCACUGUGUAGCAUUUUCUCAGAUUUCUUAAAGGUGUGUGUGUGUGUGUGUGUGUGUAUGUAUGAGAGUGUAUGAAAGACAUAGCUAGAGAGAUGUAGCAAGGAUGAUUGACAUGUAGACGUGUUUUUUUCAUGUCUAUAUUUCCCAUAAUUUUUGAGAUCACUCGUUAAAUAAUUGAUUGUAGGAUGAAUAAACUUUUUGAUUCAA